AUAGACAUCUUACACGUUACUCUACCCAUACGAAGUAUCACUCACUAAAUAACAGACACGUGUUCCAAAGGUACAUUGUAACCACGGUAAUGGACAUUACCUGUUUUAAUUCUCGGUUAUAUUAACAAUUGAGAACUUGGAGGCCUAGAACGUUGUGGGACUGAGGAAAUGAACAAACUUAACAUUCACGACAAAGAUGUAAAUUUAAUGCUAUAAGCAUAUUGAGACAAUCAAAUGUAAAUUCUCGUUACGUUACGACUUCAGGUGCAUAUGUUGAAAUGUAAAUAUACAGGUAAGGCAAUAUACUAUCUUGUACACUUACAAGUUACAACACUGUGAUUAAUUUUCUUACCUAAUGGAGUUCACCUGGAAGAAACGUCUUGACUCAAAAGGUGGACCACACGGGGAUGUGACCUGGCGAUUCCUCUACCCGUUGAUGCUUGUAACUACCAUUUGUAGUGUUGUCGGUUUCUGUACCCCCUUUUGGUUUUUUGAUGAAGAGUGUGCUGAUCGUGGGCUCAUUUAUGAUUGCUGUAAGGGACAAAAUGAUACCACUUCUUGUCUUCCAGCAGCAUGGUUCUCCGAAGGAUCGGUACCCGGCUUUUUGAUAGCAGCACUCGUACUGGCAUCAGUAUCUAUAAUUGGAGCAGUUGGAGGCACUGUUUCUACUAUCAUCGUCUUCAUUAAAGGCAUCAGAUCCCAUUUUCUAUCGACAAGAUCUGUGAUUUUUGUAGGAUUUGCUAGUGGAUCUAUGAUGCUGUCGUCCUGUUUAUUGGUCCUACAAGAACUUGGUCACUAUUCUGUAGGAAAAUCGUUCUACAUAUGCCUGAUAUCAGGUGUGUUGCAGGUUAUCCCGAUUGUUGGAUUUAUGUUUUCUAAGAACCUGGUGGGUUUCUGAUUCGAUUGGAUGGAAGUAACAAACAGAAUGAAAAUCAGCAUCGCAGGGAAAUGCAUCUUUCCUGUUAUUUCCAGAAGUGAAGAAUGUUUUACCUUAAGAAGACGUUCCGUUAUGUUCUGUUCAACAAUUCAUCGUUGAGGAAAUAUUUCCAUGCAUGGUAUUGUUAAGUCAAAUUUUGCUGACAACACUGUUUCUACAAAUACACAGCUGUACUCCAGUUGUAUAUAUUGCACAUAAUAUGUCCUCGUGGACUAAGGUGUUGUUAAAAGUUCAUAAUUUCUUUCUUACGAGUAAACAGUAAUAGCUACAAACUUGGAGAUGAAGUUACAAAGACUGAAUACACCUUCACGAAAAUAGAUUUAUUACAUAUAAUAUAUAAUAAGAAAGACAUAUCAAUCAAAAGUUAUAAUGAUUAUUUUUCUUGAACAGCCUUCGUCUACGUAUUUGUAGCUUCUAUCUUCUGGAUUUUAGGUUCUUCAUCCUCUAAGAUAGUUAUUAGGUCGUUCACGUCGAAUUCUACAUUUCCUGAAGAAAAAAACCCUAUAUAUAACAAAAAUCUCCAAAAGGAGGAAUGAAUUGACAAUCUGCAUAACUGGACAAUUUAUAUAUAGAUGUAUUUAUUCAACACUUUAUUGUUUUAUUACCUUUGUGUUUCAUGUAAGUUGAUAUAGCUUGUACAACAGCAUCGUAACCAUAAUCCAUCUCUAAAACGGAACUCGCAGCUGGAGUUGCAAGCAGAUACCUCACAUUUCCAAUGUUUGUAUUGUUUUCUGAAACGACAGUAUACAUAUUGUCGAACGCUUGUCAUUUUAAGGUUUUCAUUAUUUCCCCAAUGCCAUCCAAAAUAGAUUAUGUUAUAUUGCCUAUCAAUAAGAUGAACGAUUCAUAUAAUAUUAGGUAACGUUAUCAUUACAGAUAGAAUGAAGAAAAUAGAAUAAGGAAAAAUGAUGGAUGUUGUUUGUAUGGUGCAAUGAUAACUGUAUUACGUUUCAUCUAGACGACUGGGGUUCGAUUCCUAGAUCUGAUGUGAAAGGGAUGACCUGUCCGACCAUGUAGGUUUUCCAAAUGUGCCGUGGUUUCUCCCCAAAUUAAAGCUGACCGUGCAAGUUAAAAACUUCCGAAUGAGAUUAAAAGAAAAUAUUAAUAAAUCACACAAGUAAUAGAUAUUCAUUUCCGCGUUAGAUGACCGCACGUACUUGCGGUCAGAGUAGUGAAGAUGGCCAUUAUCUCUCAGCUAUCCUACAAUUUCCUCACAAAAAUAAAAUCCGCACACAAAUGAUAACUAGCAAAUAAUGAAUAGAUCCGAAAUAGUUCAUUUUCCACGUUCGCGCAUACCUUGCCUACGGACUGUCAUCAAAGCGAUAGAAAAAAUAAAUAUAACCACCGAGGUCCGUUAUUAUCGUAUAAUUUUGCAGUCGUUUGAGUUGUCCAUUUACUCACGAUAUUUAUGGGAUAAUAAUAAUAAAACCAACAGAAAACAUGAAAGAACGCAUUAAAUUCCAUGUUAUGUUA